GUCAGACUUCUGCUUAUGAUUUCUCUCCUACAUGCAGUGUGUCAGGGAAAAGAUUUAAAACUUUGGUAAUAAGCUAAAUGUCCCGUAUGUAUAUGCGUGUCUGUUUUGCUGUGACCAAUUUCUGCAAAUAGUACCUUAUUUAAAGCAUUUCAUGGAAGAUAUUAAGCCAGGAUUUUGCCCUAAUAGCCAAUUAUCAUUUGCUAAAUGGACACACAGGAAGAGUACAAUAUUGCUAUCAAGUAUUGGACAUUUUGCAUCUCCACAUCUCUCAUGCAAGGGAUGUUGGUAGAUAUACAAGCCAAAUUUCUGAAUCAUCCUAAUGAUUCAUUUGAAUCAUGUUGUAAAGACUGUUCAUUUUAGAACAUCUUAGAUUUCACUUUGUGCCUGUGCACAUUUACUUUUCUCUGAAUUCAGUGGGACUAACUCCUGGCUAAAGGACUGUAGCCUUUGUGUGUACUUAUUUUGAAUCAUAUAUGAAAUUAAUAUUUUUAGUUUAUUGUAAAUCUCUUGUAAAAUUCUGGUCAUUAUGCAAUCCAAAUAUGAAACUUGCAAAUACGAGUGAGCUGGCAUCAAUCUUUCACAAUUCCUGGCGUUAUCUUCACUUGAUGCUACGAUGAGAAGAAGAUAGAAGGUUUAAUUGGGAAGAUGUCUUGCAAAGGACUACUUGGAUUUGGACAACAGCUGUUUCGUCGGAAAGUGGUAGAUUGCACAAGAGAAGACAGCCGACUCUCACGGUGCCUCAACACCUUUGACUUGGUGGCUCUUGGUGUCGGCAGUACACUUGGGGCAGGAGUUUACGUCCUUGCUGGGGCAGUAGCUCGAGAAAACUCAGGACCUGCCAUUGUCAUCUCCUUUCUGAUUGCUGCUCUGGCCUCUGUGCUGGCUGGACUUUGCUAUGGGGAAUUUGGUGCUAGAGUUCCAAAGACGGGAUCGGCUUAUCUCUAUAGUUAUGUAACUGUUGGUGAGCUGUGGGCAUUCAUCACUGGCUGGAACCUGAUUCUAUCCUAUGUCAUUGGAACAUCAAGUGUCGCGAGAGCAUGGAGUGCAACGUUUGAUGAACUAAUUGGCAGGCAUAUCGAGAAGUUCUUUCAACAGUACAUGUCUAUGAAUGCUCCUGGCGUGCUGGCAAAAUACCCAGAUGUCUUUUCUGUUGUCAUUAUCCUAAUCUUGACAGGACUUCUAACGUUUGGUGUGAAAGAAUCUGCAGUAGUUAACAAAGUGUUCACCUGCAUCAACGUUCUUGUCUUGGGCUUUGUGAUGGUGUCAGGUUUUGUGAAGGGAUCAAUAAAAAACUGGCAGGUUCCAGAAAAUAUCUCACUUGAAUACAAUGGCACACAGGAACAGUAUGGUGUUGGUGGGUUUAUGCCCUUUGGCUUCCCUGGAGUCCUCUCAGGAGCAGCAACAUGCUUUUAUGCAUUUGUAGGAUUUGACUGCAUUGCCACCACAGGUGAGGAAGUAAAAAACCCGCAGAAAGCCAUUCCAAUAGGGAUUGUGGCAUCACUUCUGAUCUGCUUUGUUGCAUACUUUGGCGUGUCAGCUGCUCUUACCCUUAUGAUGCCUUACUACCUGCUGGACAAAAACAGCCCAUUGCCAGUUGCUUUUAAGCAUGUGGGGUGGGAAGGUGCAAACUAUGCAGUGGCUGUUGGUUCACUUUGCGCCCUUUCUACAAGUCUACUUGGAUCCAUGUUUCCAAUGCCACGAGUUAUUUAUGCUAUGGCGGAAGAUGGGCUACUCUUCAGAUUUUUGGCUCGUGUUAAUGAGAGGACAAAGACUCCAAUGAUUGCAACAAUAACUUCAGGUGCUGUUGCAGCUGUUAUGGCUUUUCUCUUGGAUCUCAAGGAUCUUGUGGAUCUGAUGUCCAUUGGAACACUCCUGGCUUACUCCUUGGUGGCUGCCUGUGUGUUGGUAUUGAGGUAUCAGCCUGAACAGCCUAACUUGGCUUACCAGAUGGCUAGUACAAAUGAUGAAGUAGAUAAUAAUGAGUCUGUGAGCACAAGUGAAUCUCAGGCUGGUUUUCUACCUGAAGAAGAGGAGAAGUAUUCCUUAAAGGCUGUUGUUUUCCCUCAAAAUACUGAUCCUUCCAAACUCUCUGGGUUUAUAGUGAAUGUUUCUUCCUGCAUUAUAGGUUUUCUUAUCGUCACCUUCUGCAGCUUGACUGUCCUUGGCAAAGAUGCUUUGAUAAGUGGCAGCACGUGGGCUAUUACCCUCCUUGUUAUAGUUUUCCUCCUUUGCUUAAUUUGUACAGUGGUUAUUUGGAGACAACCUGAAAGCAAAACCAAGCUAUCAUUUAAGGUCCCAUUUCUUCCUGUCCUUCCAAUACUGAGCAUCUUUGUGAAUAUGUAUCUUAUGAUGCAACUGGAUGGUGGCACCUGGAUACGUUUUGCCAUCUGGAUGUUAUUAGGUAUGGUAAUUUAUUUUUGCUAUGGCAUAUGGCAUAGUGUGGAAGCAUCUUACUCAGCGCCAACAGAUGCAGAACGAAGUACAGACAACAACGUAGAUAAUUGUAAAUGAUCAAUUGCCUUAUUAUGCUUAAAGACAGUUGAGCUUCACUACAGAGAAGGGCGUUUUUUUGUCUGGGACCCUGAAAUCUUCUAUUUUUGUGGAACAAUUGGUGGCGCUCCCAUGUCCCCCCACUGCCCUUAGCUGCUUGCGUUUACCUCGGUGGGGCAGCUCCAAAAGAUCACAAGGAAACAGCCAACUCUCUGACAUACUUCUAACAAAUACUGUUACGUGAUACUGGCAGCUCUCUUCUUUCCACUGCACCAUCUCUUACCAUAUGUGUGUGUGGGGGGAAAAACAGUUUCGCUGUAUGCCAGAUCCAGUGCUGCUAUGAGACCAAGUCUUUUGGAGAACCUGCAAAAUAACUUCCUGGGUACUGUACUUGGAAUUUAAAGGGAGCAAACUCUGCAUCGUCUGUCUGCAAAGUCACCCACACUGCACCACCAAAAGUCAAGCUGUCCUUGCUUAAAAAGAAAGUUAAAAUCUCCCAGGAUUGAUCUAAUUUUAAUGAAAGGUUGGGUGGUGUUAUUUAAUCAAUGUAGUUGAUGUAUUUUUGUGCAGGUAACUCCUAUGCUUUGAAAUGCAAUGUUGAAGUUUGCUUCAUUAGUGGCUUUCAGGCUGAGUUUUUGCUCUUGAAAAACAAGUGGUUGUUUAAGUCAGUAACGGAGCCAGUUGCAUAUGAAAAAAGCUUCUAGCUAGUGGCAUAAUGCUUUGUAGAAAACAUGUUUCUUUGCUCGUUUCCUAUUGGGUCUGGUAUAUGCCAAACUUGUCAACUGAAAAGCAGUUUUUUGUUUAGGUUGCUGCUGCCAUGCCAUAUGAAUUAAUAUUAUCUUUUGAGGACAAUUAAAUAAAGCUCCUUGGAAGUGAGUCACAGCAACUGUAUACAAUCAUCUAGUCAAUCUGUUUGUAGAGAUGGGAUUUGAAUUUAGGUUUGUUAGGUCCAAUAACAACACCAUCUAAUAUAUUUGUGUUUUUAAAUAAUUUGAAGUUCAAUAAUUGAAGGGAAGGUUCGGCUGAUUUGGCUUUCCUGCGACAAAGAGUAGCAACUAGCUUGAGUUAGGAUCCAGCUAGAGGAUUUGGAAAGAGUGUAUAUAUUUUGUGAACUAAAUGUAUUGUGAAAUACUAGAAAUGAAAGAAGUAAAUAUCUGCAGCCAAGCAUGAGAGUGUGUGCAAACAUAUCAUGCACUUCGGAGAGGUUCCUGGUUAUAACAUUUGUAUAGCAGUUCUGUGCUGUCAGUAAAGUGCUGUUCCCAUUUAGUAAAUGCUUGAGAGCCAAGCUUAGCUGUGCUGAACUCCAAAUAGGAUUUUGUGCUGUUUGCAGACACUUCUGGUACAUGCACGUACUCUCAUUGAAGUGCCGUGAUAUAAUAAGCAGCAGAAGCUGCUGAGAUAGCUGCUUGUAAUUUUAAAGCCAUUUGUUAACUGUCUAUGCAUAGAUAGAACCACCUCUAUAAAAAUGUGGGUUUCUGCGGGAAGAAUACCCCAUGAGUUUAAACAGAUACGUACUGUAAAAAAUGUUAAUAUGAUAGUUUAUUGUUAAGACCUGAAUAUAUUAUUUUAUUAUUAUUAUUGAUAAUAUUAUUUUGUAUUUAUGUGUAGCUGUUUCAUUAAUUGCAUUUAAGGCAGGUUUCUUUUUGAGGAGGAGACAUUUCAGAGAAUUAGAUUUUUAUUUUUAUUUUGGUAGAGAUUUUCCUAACUGGUGUGAGAAAAUUGAGAGGAGAGAAUGUUUCUCUAAAAUCACCCCCAGUUUCUGUUGGGGGAAGGGCCAAGAAUUUUGUUCCAGAGCAUGUGUUUUGGAUGGAGAAGGUUUCAUCAUCAGUCAGAUAGGACUAAAAAAAUAACCCUCUGCCUGAAACGUUGGAGAGCUGUAGCCUGUCCGUGCUGACAUUAUUGAGCUUGGUGAUACAUUUGUCCGACAUCAGUAAAAGAGAGCUCGCUAUAUGUAUCUGGUAUUCUCAUUGCUAUAUUAAAGCACAGCUGUUACUCUAACAAUCAUGUGAGGCCACAACUGCAGGGAGUGUGAGGGUGGUCCAUAAAAGAGCAUAGAGAAUAAUGGGAUGAAUCAAGAAGCAAAACUAGAGCUUUUUUGAGGCCAGCUGGCCCCCUCUAUCAGGAAACCAUUAUGGACAAAUCAGGGUAUCUUAUGAUCAAGGGUUAGAGUGUGUAAAAUACUUUCCUUUGACAGGAAUAAUCUGUUUUAGCAGUGCGCUAAGCCCUGCUUCUACAUAUUUUUAACCUUCAACUCCUAGAAGCCUUAGUCAGCACAACCAGUGGUUAAAAGGUCAUCAGACUUGUUCAAAAAACUGUUGGAACAAGGUGCCUCAACGCUGUCUUAAGCUUCGAUGAUAGAUUCAUCAGUUUUUCUUUUUGCCAUUCUGUGGGAACUUUUUUUUCCAGAUUUUCUCCCUUUCUCAACGGAUUAGGGUGCUCAUAAUCCUAUCUGUGAGAGCCAGCAUGAUGUAGUGAUCUGAGCACUGAAUACUCCUCUGGGGACUGGGUUUAAAUCCCUGCCCAGCCAUAGAAACCUACUGGUGACCUUAGGCAAGCCAGACUUUCUCAGCUUCAGAGGAAGGCAAAGGCAACAUCUCUGCCAAGAAACCCCUUAAAUGAUUUGCUAUAAAUUGAAAAGAACC